GUUGAAGCUCCAUUCAUACCAAAGUUCAGAGGCUCUGGAGAUACUAGCAACUUUGAUGACUAUGAGGAAGAAGAUAUCCGUGUCUCUAUAACAGAAAAAUGUGGGAAAGAAUUUUGUGAAUUUUAGAGAGGAACAAGAUCCCAUGGAGCUCACACUCAGUCUUUGCCCUCUGUUGAGAUGAAAGGUGGAGCUGAGGCUGUCCUUGUUGAAGCAGUUACCUAGUUCCUUCAUUCCAGCAACUGAGUGAGGUCGUUCUUGCCAUCAUCCGUGUGUGCGCUCUGCAUCACCUCUGUAACGAGGCACCGCUAAGCAAGCAUUGUCUGUGCCAUGACACAGUGUAGACCACUUCCCUACUUCUUUUUUGGUCAUCUUUCUCCCCACUCCUAUAUACAAUUCUUCCUUUUCAUUACUGUUUCUCUGAACAGUGCUCCCUUUUGUUUUGUUGGUGUUUUAGAUGGGCAGUGUUAUGGCUAUGUGAUAUUUGAAAAGACAGAUAAGUGUUGCUUUUAUUAGUUUUUGGCAAUAUUGUUGCUAACCAAUGGCUUGAAGGUAAACCUUCUAAUAAGUUUUUUACUUUGAGUAGCUCAAACUUAGUUUUGCCAAAACUCUUAAUAAUUUUCAAAGAUAGAGUAUAUUAUCACCAAGGAAAUUUACACAAAUUAAGACAGUAACUUUCUUGGGAUUCACUAAUCUGGCAAUAAAUUUAGAAUAGCUAGACCCAGCAUCUUGGAUUCCUAUAGACCAGAAGUUUGAAUGCUCUUUGAUUCUUUUCAAAUCAUCCUCCCCUUGAGUAAUUAUGGGACCAGAUAGAUGAGUCUCAUUAGUGCAGAAAUAUGAGUGAUAUGGAUCCUCACCCAGUCUUUCUCCUGUGGCACCAGCAUUUUCAUAGGUUUUGAAGAGGAGCUCUAAGGUUUCUAAGCCUUACUCUCCUAUGAGUGGUAUAGCCAGUAUUUUAAUAGAACAUGAUUGAUAAAAGUGGCAAAUUUUAAACUUUCUCAAAUAGUCCUCAUUGUAAAUUUUUUAAAGGAAAAGAAGCAAACUAAAAAAGGACAUUGGUUUAAUAUUUUGCUAGCUCAAACAAAUGGCUUGAUUCUUGCAAACAAUAUAUUAUUAAACAAUAUUUAAAUGAGGUUUGUGGUUUUUUGUAAUGGUUAAGAACAAAAGAAAUUGUGACCUGCUUAUUUUAUUCUGGUGUGUUAUAUUUAUAAGUCUAAGAUGGGGCACUGUCGCAACUUCUGCUUUAUGCCCUGCCUCAGCAACGAGGAAAGGGACAGAGUUUAUCAAACUGCCACAUUUGUAUUUUAAUUUUGAGGUGUGGAUAUUUUUAGAUAUGUCAUAAUUUCUAAUCUCUUUUCUCUCUGUAAACAGAGUAUAUGAUCAUGCAGAUACAAUUUUAGUAUUUGAGUUUAGUUAUUUUUAUACUUUUUUUGCCAACUGACUUUACAAUGUUGCUGUCAUGCUGAAAUUUCAAGCACUUUUGCACAUUUAGGUCAGUGUUUGUUGAAAAUCCAUGACUUAUUUUUUCCUUUGCUUUUAAUUUUCCCAUCUCAUUUUAUUUGUGUCUCAGUGAUCUAUCUUAAAGCAACACACCAAAAUAGUUUAAGAUAAACUGCAUUCACUUUUUAUGAUCAAUUACAUGCACACAAAAUGAAUUAUAUUUAGUCAACCGAUCCUAAUGUAUAUAAGCGUUCUAUUUGCUUUCUUAUGGGUGCAGAUAGGUCACUGACAUCCCUCCUGUUCAUCUGUACCACACCCUUAUAAAACCUUUGGAGGCAUUCUGAGCUGUUCUUCCCACCAAUCUAUAUGUCUCUAGGUUGUCAAGUAUUUCUGCAUGGUGAUGUCAUAUAAAGUUUGACAGUGAUUUCAUUUGGUCCACCUUACUUAAAAUGUGCAAGAAAAUUUUGAGAUACUCUGCUGUAGCAAGUUUUAUGUUACAAAGAUAUAUUAUGUAAACAAAUUAGACCUUUGUAUAAAAUAUCUUAAUCUUUGUAUCUCAUUUCAACUCAAGAAUGUGCUGACCAAUGUAUUCUGUAUGUAUGCUACGAAUUCUAUAGUGGCUUUGUUGUAUAUUAUUGUAAAGUUAUUUCAGUAAAUCAUGGGGAAAGACAAUUCGAUUAUUACAGUUUAGUUUUCAGUAAUUCAAAAUAUUUCUAUGAAUUCUAAAAAUAUUUUUUCUAUAGAAUUACUAGUGCCCAGCUACAGAAUCUACCGGGUAGGUGGCCCCUGGCAUACAGUGGUAGUGAAGGCAGUUAGGCCGUUCCAUUCUACUCUAUUUUAAGAACACGAACAAGCUAUCAGACAUAUCAAAGGAGUCUCUCUGACUAAUCAAGUACACUGAAUUAGAAUAUUUAAAGCUAUAUAAAAUUCUCAUUUUCAGCCACAAUGUAGCCAAGAACAGAUUAAAAACUUGAAUAAAAAAUAAGUGGCAAAAAACAACAGUAUUUAACCUCAAAUUAAAAUGUGAAACAGAAGAAAUUACGGUUUUUUCCAGUAAAUAAUGAAGAGAUGGCAUUGUACAGGAAGGAGCCCUAAACUGACAGUCAAGACAUCAGAGAGUUUCAGGCCAGAAAACUAUCAGGGUGACCUUGGGUCUCCCUUCUCUUUUCUGUAGAAUAGAAGAAUUGCAUUCGACACUUUCUGGGGUCUCCUCUAACUUUCACAUGUUAUGACUAGAUUCUUUUUAUCUGAUCUUUGAAGUAAGUGUUGGUAAGGUGACAUGGUUGGGGACAUCUUUCUUCUUAGCUCUGACAGUGUUCUUACAAUUCUUUGAAUACCAUGAGAACCUUGUGUCUGUCAUUCACUGAUGUUAAAUACACAGUUGAUAUCAAACUGUCAACUUUACCAAAAAAGAUACUGUGGCUUAUGGGUAUAUUACUGUCUUGUUCUUGUACUGACUGCCCAUUGGCCUGAAAAUACUCAUUGUAAGCCUAAAAAUAAAUCAUUUCUCUUUCCCACUUACUGUUUUUCCUGCUUGUUGUAAGAAUCAAAUGAAAUAAUGUAUGUGAGAGCACCUUGUGAACUGUAAGCUAUCAAUGUAAAAUAUAAAGAUGUGCUGUUUCAUUAAUUAAUUAUUUGUUUAGGAUGAAAUUUCCUAUGCACUAUAGCAAGGAAAUGCUUAAAAGAGCUGUGUUUUUUUAAUUAAUCAAUAACUGCAAAAUUAAAGUAUCUU